AUGGCCCCAGUACGACCCGCUGCAAUCCGUUCUCAACCUCCAGCCACCCUCCAAAUCACGCUCAUCAAGCAUCUUGAGAGCCAUAAACUUCAACCACCAAUUACAUCAAAUCGCCCGCCCAGACGUUGCAUGUGCAUAGCCCUCAAGAAAAUCAAAAAACUAUUUCAAGCGAUGGGCAAUAUCAAAAAACUACUCACACCCAGAAGCUCUCCUCAGAAAGCAAGGGCUCAGCCGGCCGAUGAGAAUCGCCUUUCUCCCGGAAAGCCCAAAUCCAGCUCCCCCACGAAACUAUCCAACAAGCUGCGAAAAUUAACAAACGAGGCCUCCCUCAAAACCCAUUCCAGUGUUGAUAGCCUAGCAUCAUCCGGCAUCAUGGUUUCCUCACAAGAGACUUUUGUUUGCGACCCAAGACCUGUUCAAGGUGGAUCGAAUCCAAGCAUGGAACUAGUUCCCCAAGAAACAUCGCCACCCGUGCCCGUCCACUCCGCCGUGAGCAUGGGCACCUCCAGAGCAGUUUCGGGACUGCGCAAGAAAUCCCCCCCUCGAAAACCUAUCACGCGUUCUCCAAUCGAAACCAGAAGCUGGACAGCAGCUCAUCGACAAGAAGCCCUGAAAUUAGCAGUAGGACCUGAUGCCACCGCAAGCAACAACGCGUCCGGCAUACGCGGAACCUCACGUUCUGGCGCGCCUCUUCCUCUGGCUGCCAUUCCAGAAGAGAGCAGUGCCCCUGCUCAGAUCACCGCUCCAGCAACUGGAACUCACAAAAGGCGAAGCAGUGCACUGGUCAUCUAUCCUGACAGCUUUCCUGGAUUGAAGGACGCCCAGCAACAAUGGAAUGUAUCGGACUCCUUUUCCGUACCUGCAUCCGUCUUCGCGAGCCCCCCACCUUCUCCUUCUCAGCCCGCCGCUCGAAUCGACAGUCCCCCCAAGAAAAGACGAUUGUUGUCUCGAAGAAACAAUCAGCGAGCGGACUGGUUUUCCGAUCCCGCAAGACCUAAACUUGAGACUAUUGCAGAAGCCAAUUCUUCGGACGGUGAGACCCAGAGUCAGGAAUUGUCGCCUCCUCGGAGUUCCAUUCCAUUCCCCGCAUCACCUUUCCAACAGUCCUUCCCUCAGAACGCUCGUCAAACUACUCCUCCUGCCCAGAGUGCAUCCACUCAGACCUCACAACAUGUUGAUCAGCAUCAAUCAGACAUGCAGAAAGUUGUGAUAAAGCUCACGCCGGACGGCAAGCCAGAUCCCAAAUAUAUUUUAUCCCAACUAUUCAGAAUGAUGCAGGAAGACGCUGCUGCUGCUGUCGCCCUCAAGGCCAAGAAUGCGGAAGAAGAUUUCAUGAGCGGGUUUUCCACUCCCGAGAGUGAUCCCUCCUUGCCCGCUUCUCCUUCACAGAAGUCCUUCAUCGACCACGGUGAAAAAACUACCCCUCCUGCUCAGAUCACACCCACUCGCCCCGCUGCAAAUGUUAGUCAGAACCAAUUAGGCAAGGCGAAAGCUGAGGCAAAUUCGGCGCAAGACGCCAAACGACUCCUCUCUGAACGGUUGAAAAUGAUGCAGGAAGACGCUCCCGCGGCUCCUCAGGGCGUUGAAGCCGUGGAUGACGAUUUUAUGGACGACUUUUCUUCCCCUCUAAGCAGUUCCCCCUUUCCCGCUUUACGUCCAAAACAAUUCUUAACUGGACUCGGUGAACAAACGACCCCUCCUGCUCUGAGUAAACCCACUCGAAGCAAGGAGAAAGCCCCAGACGCCCAACGUGUCCUCUCUGAACGGUUGAAAAUGAUGGAGGAAGACUCUCCCUCAGCUUCCCAGGGAGUUCAGGCUGUCGACGACGAUUUUAUGAGCGGCUUUUCAUCUCCUCGGAGCAGUCCCACCAUUCCCGCUUCACGCCCCAAACAAUUCUUGCCUCACCGCGCCCCGCCUGCUCAGAGUACAUCCACUCAAACCUCGCAGCCAGGUGAUCUGAAUCAAUCCGACAAGAGAGAAGCUUCGGUCAAGUUAGGGCCCCACGGCAAGCCGGAUCCCAAAUACAUCCUCUCUCAACUGUUCAAAAUGAUGGAGGAAGACGCUGCCGCUACUCGCAGAGCAAAGGCUGCAGAAGGCGACUUUAUGAGCGGUUUUUCUACUCCUGAGAGUGAUGCCUCAUUGUAA